AUGGAUGCCGGAGAUUUGCAGGGCUGGGCUGAGAGAGCUGCCUUUGGCGGACUGCUGGUGAGCACGAUGUUGGCUUGGUGGCGCGGCACCUUGGGUAGCGGACAGGCUUCGGAAGAGGGGAAGCCUCCCUCGUUUUACGCCAUGUCCUUCGCAAAUCUCGCCCUUGUUGUGCUGUUGUCUAACCGCUGGCUCGAAAGUGGUCACUUCCCGCUUUCAAACAUGUACGAGUCUCUUAGCUUUCUUGCGUGGGGUGUUACUGCAGUGACACUCUACUUCAGCGCAACUCAGACAGCACAGGGCGAGGAGCUGAAAGCGUUUGACACGCAAGCCAACUCGCAGUCCUCGCAGGCAAAGCAGGUCACCAGCGACAUUGCUGCUGUUUGGGCAUCGCCCGUGGCUCUUGGCAUUGUCGCCUUUGCCCAGUUCUCACUGCCCAAGGCACUGCAGAAGGCAUCUGCAUUAGUACCUGCCCUUCAGUCCAACUGGCUCGUGAUGCACGUGUCAGUUGUGAUGUGUUCCUACGCCACACUUAUGUUUGGAUCAGUCCUGUGCAUGGCUGUACUCGCUUUGAGUCAGCCAAAGGACAGCCCGAUCACAGCUGUUCGUGAGGCCGUGCUGCCGGCAUUGCAGGGCAUUGCCAACGGCUUGCAGCCGCAGCCAGCUGUUGCCACUGCUGCUGGGCAGUCGCCAGCCGUGGCCAUGACUGGCACCACCGGCCUGGAUGCCGGCAACACGGCAGCUGGACAGGCAGAGCGCCAGGACAGGACGCAGGUCGCAGUGGCAAGCUCAAGUGCAGGUGCUGCGGGUAGCGUCACAGUUGAGUUCACUUCCUCUUCUGGAUCAGCCGUCCUGUCAGAGGAUGACCAGCUGGCCAUUACGUUGGAUGACUUGGCAUACCGAUCGCUCCUGCUGGGCUUCGGCUUCCUGACCGUCGGAAUCGUUUCUGGAGCGGUCUGGGCAAACGAAGCCUGGGGCAACUAUUGGAGCUGGGAUCCGAAG